AUGAACUCUGAUCUCAACUCGAUCCUGCACUCGGGCUACCAGCACCCGGUGACGCGGGCAUGGCAGAACCAGGGCCGCAACCUGUCCAAGUCGAUGUUCAUGUACCCGAUCUUCAUCACCGAUGAUGCAGAUGCGCACGUUCCGCUCGCCUCGAUGCCCGGCCAGUGCCGAUGGGGCGUCAACAAGCUCGAAGGCUUCCUUGCGCCGCUCGUCAAGAAGGGCCUCAGCUCCGUCAUCCUGUUUGGCGUCCCGCUCAAGACUCCCAAGGACGAGCAAGGCACGCUGGCAGAUGACGCGGAUGGCCCUGUGAUCCAGGCGAUCAAGGUGCUGCGCAAGGCGUUCCCUUCGCUCUACAUUGCUACGGACGUGUGUCUGUGCGAGUACACCUCGCACGGCCACUGCGGCAUCCUGCACGCCGACGGCACGAUCAACAACCAGCCCUCGGUCGAACGCCUCGCCGAGGUGGCGGUCAACUACGCCAAGGCGGGCGCGCACUGCGUCGCACCCAGCGACAUGAUGGACGGCCGCGUGCGCGCCAUCAAGAAGGGCCUCAUCGAUGCCGGGUUCGGAAACAAGGUCACGCUCAUGGCGUACAGCGCCAAGUUCGCAAGCAGCCUCUACGGUCCCUUCCGAGAUGCUGUGGAGUCUGCGCCGUCGUUUGGCGACAGGAGGUGCUACCAGCUUCCGCCGACUGCGCGAGGGCUGGCACGACGUGCGAUUGUGCGCGACGCUUCCGAAGGCGCGGAUGUGAUCAUGGUCAAGCCGACACUGCCGUACCUCGACAUUGUGGCCGAGGCGAGGGAUCUGGCUCCCGACCACCCGCUUGCGUGCUACCAGGUGAGCGGCGAGUUCUCCAUGAUUCACGCCGGCGCCAAAGCGGGCGUGUACGAGCUGCGCAGGAUGGCCGAAGAGUCGGUCCAGAGUAUGGUGCGUGCCGGCGCCAACAUCAUCCUCUCUUACUUUACUCCCGAGUUCCUCGACUGGCUCGACGAGCCGAUCAUGCUGUAA